GUAUGGCCCUUAACUAUCUGAGCUGAACGGGGACUCUGGUUAUCUGGGGAACGACGUAAAGCGUCGGCCGCAGUGUCAAAGCUUCACUGUUUUGUCACAAAUAACCAUUAAUAUAUCAUUUUGAUGUGUAAAAAGUAAUAGCCAGCGUAGUUGAGCUAUCAGUAACUUACCCGCAAGCCAAGACAUGUCCACCCCGGCCAGACGAAGACUUAUGAGGGACUUUAAACGGCUACAGGAAGAUCCUCCAGCGGGCGUCAGUGGUGCUCCUUCUGAAAACAACAUCAUGGUGUGGAAUGCAGUCAUAUUUGGCCCUGAGGGAACUCCCUUUGAGGAUGGUACAUUUAAACUCAUUAUAGAAUUCACAGAAGAAUAUCCCAACAAGCCCCCCACAGUACGAUUUGUCUCCAAGAUGUUUCAUCCAAAUGUCUACGCAGAUGGCAGUAUAUGUCUAGACAUACUACAGAAUCGUUGGAGUCCUACUUACGACGUCUCUUCUAUUCUUACUUCCAUCCAGUCUCUGCUUGACGAACCAAACCCCAACAGUCCAGCCAACAGUCAAGCAGCCCAGCUGUACCAGGAGAACAAACGGGAGUACGAGAAGCGGGUGUCGGCUAUUGUUGAACAAAGCUGGAGGGACAGUUGACCUGCCAACCCGACCGCUGCUCGCUCCAUCGUUAAGCUGUGUGCUGCAAGUUUUAGUGGAGUAACUGAAUUUUUAAAUAUUUUUGCUCCCAUCCUUUUAAGCUUUUAUGCACUUUACCCUCAACUUCCCCAACAAGUGUUUUUCUUUCGGCCCAGCAAGAGGUUUUUAUUAUUUGGUUCCCUUCGUUUUCUAGUCAACCAGGGGCAAUGUGCUUCCUCAGAAUGGGCCAUUAAGCCAAAAAAAAAAAAAAACUCUGGUGUGUUCUUACUAAUAACUUCCCAUGACUUAAGGUAAACGUCACAAGGGUGCAUCAUUUAAGUCGUGGGUUCUUUGUUGUGCUCCUGAUUCGUUUAGCCCGUUUUCACGAUGCAGUGGAAUAAUAAGCAGUCUGAGCUUCACCUACUACAGCUAAAUCAAACAUCUCUACCCCACGUCCGUUGAUGUGUUGUGAACUGUUACAUGCAUGACAGUGUAUUCACAAUCCUGUUGAGUUCUUGUGUAUAUAAAGAAACCUGCAACUGAAAUUAUGUACAGAUUUUGCACUGGUUGUCCCUCAUGUCACUUUUCCAGUUCUUGUAAAUAAAGUCGUCCUUAACAGGGAA